AUGCCAACGGCUAUUUUUUCCUUUGUCGCCGCCCUCCUAGUGUGCGCCACUAUCUCCGCCACCGCCGAGAUACAAGCUCUCAUAUCCUUCAAACAGAAUCUACGCGACCCCCUUGGCGCCUUGGACGCCUGGAAUGUGUCUACGCCGGCUGCGCCCUGUGACUGGCGUGGGGUUUCUUGUAGGGACGGCAGAGUACGUGAACUCCGCUUACCUCGCCUUGCUUUAUCUGGCCGGCUGACCAGCCGGAUUUCCGAGCUGAGCCAGUUGCGUAAGCUGAGCCUUCAUUCUAAUAACUUCAACGGCCCUAUUCCGCCGGCUUUGUCUCAAUGCUCUCUAUUACGAGUUGUUUAUUUGCAGUAUAACUACUUCACCGGCGUUUUGCCGCCGGCAUUGGGGAACCUAACCAAUUUAUUGGUACUUAACGUUGCUAGUAACCUCCUUUCCGGCGAAAUUUCCGGCAACCUACCUCCUAGAGUUCAAUAUGUAGACGUUUCUUCCAAUGCCUUCUCCGGAAACAUCCCGGGGAACUUCUCGGUGGCGCCUGAGAUCCAGCUCAUUAACUUAUCAUUCAAUUCGUUUUCCGGCCAGAUUCCACCGAUCAUCGGCAGCUUCCAGAAGCUUCAGUACUUAUUUCUCGACUCGAAUCAGUUAUACGGUACACUGCCGUCGGCGAUUGCUAACUGUUCGUCGCUAGUUCACUUGAGCGCCGAUGAUAACCAACUCGAGGGACUAGUUCCGGCGAGUAUUGGCGACCUUCCUAAUCUUCAAGUGAUAUCUCUUUCCGGCAAUGCGUUAUCAGGUCCAAUCCCCGCAUCUCUUUUAUCGAACCCUGGUAAUUCAAUAAGAAUCCUCAAGCUAGGGUUUAAUGCAGUCACGGGUUUAAUCAAACCCCCAAAUUCGACAACAUUCUCAAGGUUUAUACAAGUAUUAGAUCUUCACGAGAAUCACAUAUAUGAAACCUUUCCUGUUUGGCUAACAAAUUUACGUACACUUCGAAGCUUGGAUCUAUCUGGAAAUUCCUUUUCUGGCAUCUUGCCGGCUGAAAUCGGAAAUCUGUCAACUUUGGAGGAACUUAAGGUGGCUAACAAUUCUAUAAUUGGUGAAGUUCCGAUAGGAAUUCGAAAAUGCAGCCUACUACAUGUUCUUGAUCUUGAAGGAAAUAGAUUUUCAGGUCUAAUUCCCGAUAUUUUUGGGGACUUUGUGAGCUUAAAAGUCCUCUCACUUGGAAGAAAUCUUUUCAAUGGCGGUAUACCUUCGAGUAUUGCUGGCCUUUCGGAGCUGGAAUCGUUGAAUUUGAGCAACAAUAAGUUAACCGGAGCUUUGCCAAGUAAAUUAACACAGCUUAGCAACUUAACUUCUUUGAAUUUGAGCAAUAACAACUUUUCAGGCGAUUUUCCGAUCAUCAUUGGGGAUUUACCAGGCUUAACUGAAUUGAACAUGAGUCGUUGCCGGUUUUCCGGUGAAUUUCCGACUGCAAUAGCGAAUUUGAGAAGUCUCAGUAUCCUUGAUUUGAGUAAGCAGAGUUUCUCUGGUGAAUUGCCGGUUGAGCUUUUCGGGUUGCCAAAUCUGAAAGUUGUUGCUUUGGAGGAAAAUGAUUUUUUCGGUGAUGUUCCCCAAGGUUUUAGUAGUUUGUCAAGUCUGCAGCAUCUGAAUCUGUCAUCCAAUUCCUUUUCCGGCAAUAUUCCGGCGGAGUAUGGUUUCCUCUCAUCCCUCACUGUGCUUUCUCUCUUAGAUAACAGAAUCACAAAUUCCAUUCCGGCGGCAUUGGGGAAUGCUUCGAAUCUUGAAGUUCUAGAGCUUGGUCGGAAUUCUUUAACCGGUUUAAUUCCGGUGACUCUCUCACAACUCUCCCAUCUUGAAAAGCUUGAUCUGAGUCAUAACAGAUUAACCGGCGAAAUCCCUGAAAAAAUUUCAGAUUGUUCUUCCCUCAAUUCUUUGUUAUUGGAUUCCAAUCAUUUUUCCGGCCACAUUCCAGAAUCAAUCUCAAAGCUCUCAAACUUAGCAGAGUUGGAUAUCUCUUCAAAUAAUUUCACCGGAAAAAUUCCUGCAAGUCUUUCGAUGAUUCCUAACCUGAAACAUUUGAACCUUUCGAGAAACGAUCUUGAAGGUGAGAUACCGAAGAUUUUAGGUUCUCGAUUCACCGAUCCUUUGGUAUUCGAAAUGAACAAUCGUUUAUGUGGGAAGCCAUUAAUGAAGAACUGCAAGAAAAAGAUUUCUUCAACGAAGAAGAAACUGAUUCUGCUGAUUUGUCUGGCCGCCGGAGGUGGUUUGCUUUUGUUACUUUCUUGUUGUGGGUAUGUUUAUCUGCUACUCCGGUGGCGGAGAAAGUUGUCAAGAAUGGGGAAGUCUGGUGAAGUGAAGAAGCCAAGCCCCGGCCGUGGAAGCUCCGGCCGAGACCAUAGCAGCGGAGGAGAAAACGGGACUCCAAAGCUAGUGAUUUUCAAGAAUAAAAUCACGUAUUCGGACGCCCUCGAGGCAACAAGGCAAUUCGAUGAGGAAAACGUAUUGAGUCGUGGCACGUUCGGGCUUCUUUUCAAAGCCUCGUUUGCUGAUGGAACGGUUCUUUCCAUCCGUCGCCUUCCAGAUACUUCUGUGCCCGAAGGAACUUUCCGUAGAGAAGCUGAAUCACUCGGGAAAGUCAAGCAUCGGAACUUAACAGUUCUCCGUGGGUAUUUUGCAAGUCGGUCUGAUAACGUGCGCUUACUGGUUUACGACUACAUGCCCAACGGAAACUUAGCCACGCUUCUCCAAGAGGCAUCGCAUCAAGAUGGGCACGUUUUGAAUUGGCCGAUGAGGCAUUUGAUCGCGUUAGGAAUCGCUCGAGGGCUAGCCUUUGUGCACUCUAUCCCAAUGGUCCAUGGAGACAUCAAACCGCAAAACAUACUUUUUGAUGCUGAUUUUGAAGCCCAUAUCUCCGAUUUCGGCCUCAAUAAGCUAACCGUACCUACACAUGCCGAACCAUCGACAUCCACCGCCACAAGCCCAAUCGGGACACCCGGGUAUGUGGCCCCUGAGGCCACAUUAACCGGUGAAACCACAAAAGAAGCAGACAUUUACAGUUAUGGAGUCGUUUUGCUCGAGAUCCUAACGGGCAAGAAGCCCGUAAUGUUUAACCAGGAUGAGGACAUCGUGAAGUGGGUGAAACGACAAUUACAACGAGGCCAGGUUUCUGAACUCUUGGAACCAGGCCUGCUUGAGCUCGACCCGGAAUCAUCCGAGUGGGAAGAGUUUUUGCUAGGUUUAAAGGUCGGGUUGCUAUGCACCACAUCCGACCCAACCGACAGGCCCUCGAUGUCAGAUGUGGUGUUCAUGCUGGAAGGGUGUCGGGUGGGACCCGAUAUGCAAUCGUCUGCCGACCCGACAUCCCUUCCUUCGCCGAUUUAA